GUGUUCCUCCAGGUCCCCGGCAGGAGCGUGCAUCCUGCCUUGGGUACGCCGAGCCAUGGCAGCCCUGCUGAGACCCGCGCGUUGGCUGCUCGGGGCCACGGCAGCUCCGCGCCUCCCACUGUCCCUGCGCCUCCUGGCGAGCGGCCCGGCCCGGCUGUCCACCGUCACCCGCGUGGCGGCCACUGCUGGCCGGCCGGCUGCAGGAGAGCUGCUGAGCCAAGCCAGGCUGUAUGCCAUUGUUGCUGAGACGAGGGCUCUUUCGGAGGAGCCCGCUCCUACGGGAAGAAGUAACAGUCAGUUUGACUGGGCUCUAAUGAGGCUGGAUAAUUCUGUCCGAAGAACGGGCCGCAUUACAAAGGGACUUCUGCAGAAAGUCUUUGAGAGCACAUGCCACUCAGGUAGCCCAGGAAGUAAUCAAGCCUUGCUUCUGCUGCGCAGCUGUGGUUCGCUCUUGCCUGAGCUGACUCUUGCAGAAAGGACAGAAUUUGCUCAUAAGAUAUGGGACAAACUUCAGAAAUUAGGUACUGUGUACGAUGUCAGUCAUUACAAUGCUUUACUUAAAGUGUAUCUUCAAAAUGAAUACAAAUUCUCACCUACUGAUUUCCUGGCAAAGAUGGAAGGAGCAAACAUCCAACCAAAUCGAGUCACAUACCAGAGGCUGAUUGCUGCCUAUUGUAAUUCUGGAGAUAUCGAAGGUGCCAGCAAGAUUCUUGGAUUCAUGAAAACGAAGGACCUUCCAGUCACCGAGGCGGUGUUCAGUGCUCUUGUUACAGGGCAUGCCAGAGCUGGAGAUAUGGAGAAUGCAGAAAAUAUUCUCACAGUGAUGAAAGAGGCCGGCAUUGAGCCCGGGCCAGACACAUAUCUGGCCUUGCUGAACGCAUACGCUGAGAAGGGCGACAUUGGCCGUGUGAAGCAGAUUCUGGAGAAAGUGGACAAGUCGGACCAUUAUCUUAUGGACCGUGAUUUGUUGGAAAUUAUUGUUAGCUUUAGUAAGGCUGGAUAUCCUCAGUACGUCUCAGAAAUUUUGGAAAAAAUUACCUAUGAAAGAAGAUAUAUUCCAGAUGCAAUGAACCUCAUUCUGCUUUUAGUCACGGAGAAGCUAGAAGACACUGCGUUCCAGGUGUUGUUGGCGUUGCCUGUGGCCAGGGAGGAGCACGUGAACGUCUUCGGCAGUUUCUUCUUGCGGCACUGCGUGACUAUGAACACGCCCGCUGAGAAGCUUAUAGACUACUGCAAGAGGCUGAAGGAAGCCAAGGUGCACAGCUCUUCGCUGCAGUUCACUCUCCAUUGUGCGCUGCUAGCCAACAACGCUGCUUUGGCGAAAGCAGUGAUGCAGGCUCUGAAGGAAGAAGGCUUCCCUGUCCGAACUCACUACUUCUGGCCGCUGCUUGCUGGGCAUCAGAAAACAAAAAACGUCCAAGGAAUAAUGGAAAUCCUCAAAAUAAUGAAGGAAAUGGGAGUAGAUCCUGACCAGGAAACAUAUGUGAAUUAUGUGUUCCCGUGCUUUGAUAGUGUAAAGUCGGUCCGUGCUGCUUUGCAGGAAAAUGAUUGUCUACCUAAAAGUGAUACAUUUGCUCAAGCCGAAGUGAGAAGUGAAGCCAUAAACGGGAACUUACAGAACAUUUUGUCACUUUUGGAAUCGAAUGCAUUGCCUUUCUCGUUUAAUUCUUUGAGAGGCAGCCUAAUUCUAGGCUUUAGGAGGUCUAUGAAUACAGAUCUUUGGAGCAAGAUAACAGAAUGGCUGUACAAGGAUGGACAUUACUGCAAAGAGCCUCCCGGACCAACGGAAGCUGUUGGCUAUUUUCUUUAUAACUUGAUUGACAGCAUGAGUGACUCAGAGGUACAGGCCAAGGAGGAGCAUUUGAGACAAUACUUCCAUCGGCUGCAGGAGAUGAGUGUUAAAGUUCCUGAAAACAUCUACAAAGGCAUUCGUAAUUUGCUGGAUAGCUAUCAUGUUCCUGAAUUGAUUAAGGAUGUUAAAAUUCUGGUUGACAAAGAGAAGGUAGAUUCUCGAAAAACUUCCCAACAUACCUCAUCUGAUUUGGAAUCAACUCUUGAAAAACUAAAAGCUGAAAAUCAACCUCUAGGAGACGUCCUAAAGCAACUCAUCUUACGGCUCUGUUCAGAAGAGAAUAUGCAAAAGGCCCUUGAAGUGAAAGCAAAAUAUGAGUCACACAUGGUUAUUGGUGGCUAUGCAGCUUUAAUAAAUCUGUGCUGUCGACAUGAUAAUGCAGAAGACGCACUGAACUUGAAACAAGAAUUUGAUCGACUAGAUCCUUCUGCGGUUCUUGACACUGCCAAGUACGUGGGCCUUGUGAAAGUACUGGGAAAGCAUGGCAAGCUCCAAGAUGCUAUUAACAUUCUAAAGGAGAUGAAAGAGAAGGAUGUUGUUAUCAGAGAUACAACAGUCUUGUCCUUUCUCCACAUCCUAAAUGGUGCAGCUUUCAGAGGUGAAACUGAAACAGUACAACAGUUGCACGAAGCCAUCGUGACUCUUGGGUUAGCACAGCCAUCCACCAGCAUAAGCUUCCCACUGGUCACCGUGCACCUGGAAAAGGGUGAUUUACAUGCUGCUCUUGAAGCCAGCAUUGCCUGCCAUGAAAAAUAUAAAAUAUUACCCAGGAUGCAUGAUGUCUUAUGUAAGCUAAUAGAGAAAGGCGAGACGGAUUUAAUCCAAAAAGCAAUGGACUUCGUAAGCCAAGAGCAAGGCGAAAUGACAAUGCUGUACGACCUCUUCUUUGCCUUCCUGCAGACGGGAAAUUACAAAGAGGCCAAGAAGAUCAUUGAGACCCCAGGCAUUAGAGCUCGACCUACAAAACUUCAGUGGUUUUGUGAUAGAUGCAUUGCCAGUAAUCAGGUGGAAACUCUUGAAAAGUUAGUGGAGCUGACCCAGAAGCUGUUUGAAUGUGAUAGAGACCAGAUGUACUACAGCUUACUAAAACUGUACAAAAUGAACAGUGACUGGCAAAGAGCUGAUGCCGUCUGGAAUAAAAUGCAAGAAGAAAACAUUAUCCCUCGUGAAAGGACACUGCGGCUGUUAGCAGAAAUCCUGAAAACCAGCAACCAGGAAGUCCCCUUCGAUGUGCCCGAGUUGUUGUUUGGAGAUGACAGACCUUCCUGGAGCUCUUCAUCACCCUCAGCAGUAGGAACCGGUACUGAGAAGAUGCUUUUGGAGAGCUGCAGAUUGAAGAAACCUAAAGAAGCUUAUGAUAUCUUCCUGAAAGCUCAGAAGGAAAACAUUGUAUUUAACAGUGAGACUUACAGCACUUUGAUUGGCUUGCUGCUGAAGAAGGACAGCUUCACACAGGCCAUGCAAGUCAAAGAUUUCGCUGAGACCCACAUCAAGGGCUUCACACUGAACGAUGCUGCCAACAGCCUCCUCAUCAUAACGCAAGUUAGGCGGGAUUAUUUGAAAGGGGCUCUAGCAACUCUAAAAGAAGCCUUGGAUCUGGAGCAGAUUCCUUCUAAGCUAGCCGUGACCCGCCUCAUCCAGGCCUUUGCCGUGAAGGGUGACCUGGCCAGCAUAGAGGCCAUCCAGAAGAUGGUGGAUGGACUUGAUACAAUCGGCCUCUCAAAGAUGGUUUUCAUCAAUAACAUUGCUUUGGCUCAGAUGAAGAAUAAUAACAUAGAUGUUGCCAUAGAAAACAUUGAACACAUGCUUACAUCAGAGAAUCGAACCAUAGAACAUCAGUACUUUGGCUUGUCCUAUUUAUUCAGAAAAGUAAUAGAAGAACGGAUGGAACCAGCGUUAGAGAAAUUAAGCGUCAUGUCUGAGAGAUUGGCCAAUCAGUUUGCACUUUACAAGCCGGUCACCGAUCUCUUCCUGCAGCUGGUGGAUUCAGGCAAGGUGGAUGAGGCCAGAGCUCUCUUAGAGAGAUGCGGUGCCAUUGCCGAGCAAAGCGCAGUUCUGUUGGUGUUCUGUGUCAGGAGUGCUCAGAAACCAAAAAAGGCACCCGUUCUGAAGGCUUUGCUAGAAUUGAUUCCUGAAUUACGUGAAAAGGAAGAAGCAUAUUCUUGCAGCAUGAAAAGCUAUGUCCUGGACAAAGAUGUGGCCUCUGCUAAAGCGUUGUACGAGCACUUGACAGCCAAGAACCUGAAGCUGAAUGACCUGUUCCUGAAGCGCUAUGCGUCCUUGCUCAAGAGUGUUGGCGAGCCCGUGCCCUUCCCUGAGCCCCCGGAAAGCUUUAGGUUUUAUGUAACGCAGCUAAAGGAAGCAAAAGAAAACCCGUCAUGAAGAAACAGCACCGCUGUGUAUGCCUGUGUGCGUGUUCGUGAGCCUGUGUCUAAGUGUUAUUUCUAAAAUGUACUUGAGGGAAAAAUAAACAAAUGAAAAUUAA